UCAGACAGCCGGUUUGUUUUCACACACCACCCCGAGGCACCUCCUUUCCUUUUUUCCUUCUUCUUCUUCCCCAUCCUCGGAGCAGUGCAGCCAACAGUGUGGUGAUGAGGAGAAUCGGCGCAGCGGCGGAGCGGGCGGGAUGCGAGAAGUUGCUUCGUCCACACUCCGCUCUUUUCUGGUGCCACCGCAGCCCACUCUUCUGUGUGUAUUUCUGUGCAGGGGAUAUAACGCGUGCCCGUGUCUUUCCCAUGUCAGGUGGCGUCGCGCGGACUACGACAGUUCCCCAUUGACAUGGGCACCGGCGCGGAGAGGAGGACAGACUGCGUGGCGAGUCGCGCGUCCUUCUGCUGAGAGAGUUUGGCACCGCGAGCGAACAGAGACAUGGGGCCGCUCCGGUGCGUCGUGGGACUCACCGCGCUUCUCCUGUGCACAGUGGUGGACAGCAAGGUGAUCCUGGAGGGCCUGCAGAGGUAUGGCCCCACGCCAAUCUACCUGCCUGUCAGCUACCGGAUUCUCAAUGCUGAGUCAGCGUUCUUUCUGCAGGAGGCAAACCAGGACUUAAUGAGGAACUCUAGCCUGCAGGCUCGCACCGAGUCCUUCUUCAUCCAUCAGGCCCGGCAGAUGCCCUUUGUCAAUGCUAGCUAUGGGCCGCUGUCUGUACAGCAGCCUGUCCCUCUGGAGCUGCUGCAAACCGCGCCGGGGUUCUUCAGUUCACCCUCCGUCGCUUCAUCAUCUGUGCCCACGUCAGCAUCAGCGUCGCCUCUGUUUACAUUCAACUGGAAGGUCCACACCUACAUCAUCAGCGAGAGGAUCCACCCCAGUUGGCCAAAGGUGCAAGUGUUGUUCUACAUCGCAGGGCGGGACUGGGAUGAUUACAGUGCCAUCCACAAGCUGCCCUGUGUCAGGAUGUUUGCCUUCCACGAGACCCAAGAGGUGCGCGGCACGUGCCGGCUAAAAGGUGAGCUGGGGAUAUGUGUUGCCGAGCUGGAGCCCCUGGCCAGCUGGUUCAGCCCUCCCACCGUCCGGCCGGGGAGGCAGCGGGUCUCCGAGCAGGCCCUGGGCACGGCUGUGGAGCUCUACUACAUGCUCCAAACCACAGACAGCGGAGACUGCAGCUCGGAGGAUGCCAGAAAGGGCAGCCCCGGUCGCUCGGAGCAGCCGCGGCCGAUGGGCUACUUCGCAGGCCAUACACCGAUGCAGCGCAUUGGGAGUGUCCGGCUGUUUCAGCCACUUUUGGAGCUCAAGCUGGACAAUAACUUUGUGGUGAUGGCACCCUCCAAGCCCAUCCGGCAGAGAGAAACCGUCUCCACUUUCCUGGCUUUGUCGUCGCUUUCCUCCGUGCAAAUAUUCACCCUCAGGGUCAAGCUGAAGGAUGGCGUGGCGUUCCUGGGAGCCAGAGCCAGCAACCCGGUUGCGUGGACGGUGAGCCAGGACGUCAGGAGUGAAGGCCACCGAGUCGUCACCCUCCACUGUCGGAGGAAGGAGAACAGUUUUAGUCAAAGAGGGGAGGCGGCGGCGGGCUACCAGCGCGUGCUGCAGGUGGACCUGGAGGUGAACGGGCUGAUGGUGACUCAGGGGGGAAGGGAGGUGACGUGGCAGGUGGAGUAUCCGCUCACACGCACCGCGACCAGUGAGGUGCAGACCCUCAUCCGCCUGGCGCCGCAGGACCUGGGUGGCAUCGUGCCGCUGGCCAUGAACACCGAGAUCCUGAACACAGCUGUGCUCACUGGGCGUACGGUCGCCGUGCCGGUAAAGGUGGUCACCGUAGGAACAGACGGAGCGGUCUCCGACGUGACUGAGUCGGUGGAGUGCAGGUCAACGGAUGAACGGGUCAUCAAGGUGUCAGAGAGAUGCGAUUACGUGUAUACGAAUGGAAAGGAGACGAGAGGCAAGAGCAAGGUGAUGCUCAACUUCACCUACAGUUUCCUGAGUGCUCAGCUGGAGAUGAGCGUGUGGAUGCCCCGCCUGCCCUUGCUCAUCGAUGUGGCCGACCCGGAUCUCAGCCAGAUUAAGGGCUGGAGGGUUCCAGUCGGUACCGGGAACAAGAGGUAUGAGAGGGUCACGGAUGACAGGGAGGAUGUCGACCGGGCAGACGAGAGGACGGAGAAUGCUUGCGUGGCCCAGUAUCAGAGCACCACCCUGCGCGUCCUCACACACUUUAUGGCAGAUACCAGAGACGAUGGAGGAGCCACGCAGGACGACGGGCUGGGCCAGCAGAACUUCCUGUUGGGCAGCGACUGGCAGGUGGAAGUGACACAACUGGUCAAGGAAUUGCUGAGGGUGGAGGACCCGAAGGUCGCCCAGCUCCUGGAGGGCCAGGUCAUCGUAGGCCUGAGCCCCGGGACCACCAAAGUACAGGUGCUCUCCCCUCUGACGUCAUCCGUCUUGGCUGAGAGGAGCUUCAGGGUGCUGGAUGAUAAAGUGAGUGUGACAGAGCUUGGUGUGCAGUUGGUGUCGGGCCUAUCGCUGUCCCUGCAGCUCAGCCCAGGGAGUAACAGGGCAAUUGUCGCCACUGCAACCACACAGGAAGUCAGUGAAUCACUCAAACAGGAGUCCCUCAUCAGUGCUUGGCUGCAAUUCAGCGAUGGAUCCAUGACACCACUAGACAACUACAACCCUGCUCAUUUUGCUCUGGCAGCCACCUCUUUGAAUGAAAAAGUGGUGGCAGUGCAGCACACCGCAGCAUGGAAAUGGCCCAUCAUUGUUGCCAAGGGCGAAGGUCAGGGUUCUCUUGUGCGUGUUGAAAUGAGCCUGUCAGAUGUGUGCCAGAGGGGCAAGCGACGUAACAUUGUAGCCACUGGAAUGGCAAAUGUACAGGUAAGGUUUGGUCAGCCGGAGGAUACAUACAGACAACCAGGAGACCGGCGAACGCGGCCUGAUCCUCCAUACUAUGGUGGAUCUAUCUCUGACAUGGAAACUGGGUUAAUCAACCGUGGAGCCACCACCAUCAGGGGCCAUGUUCCAGUGAGGCCUAACGGGGGCCGUCUCUCAGCAGACAGUGGUGCAAGAGUCCCAAGUGAAUUCUCCGAAUAUCCAGAUCAGGCUGAGCUACCUCGGAGCCACAGCACUGAUGAGGACUUGUUGCCGUCUCGUCGAGGCCUUACAGACCUGGAGAUCGGUAUGUAUGCCCUGCUGGGGGUCUUCUGUCUUGCCAUCCUGGUUUUUCUCAUUAACUGCAUCUCUUACGCAUACAAAUACCGUAGCAAGCAUCUGUCGCUGGAGGCCCCGGAGACAAUGCCCCACGCCCACGACUGGGUUUGGCUGGGCCAAGAGGAAGGGCUUUGUCUGCAGCAACAGCAGCAGGAUGAGCUGGGCUGUACCCUCGAGGAAGGUAGUCAUCUAUUAAAUGGAGGUGUCCAACGAGGUAAUGCCGGUGUGGGAGGAUGUAGCUCAAGUGGGAGAGAUCACAGGAAUGAGUCGCUUAACUCACCCACAACCAAGAGGAAGAGGGUGAAGUUCACGACCUUUUCCAAUGUCAAGGCCAGUAAUGGAUGUCCUGUGCUCAGCCCAUUAGCUCUGGUGCAGACCAGUGAGAUAAAAUGGGUAUGUCCGGAUAUUGAGCUCGGGGACUCAAAGGAUCUUAGGAACUACAUGGAAAAGCUGAAUGAGAAUGCGAUGAAGAACAUUGCAUAGGGGGCACUGGGCAUUUCCAAUGAACUAAAGAGAAACUCACCUGAAUGCCUUCAGAAUAAGGAGGGGAUGAGGGCUGGAGGGGAGGGAAGGUAAAGAAGAUUAAAGGGUGCAGAAAACAGACAGUAGUGCAUUCAAGCCUCCGUUGUUCCGAUGACAGUACUCAGAAGUGGUCAAGAAAUGGAUGACCACACCACAUGAAUCCACCAUGACACCACAGCAUAAUAAAGCAGGAAAUGUUAACUUGAUAGUUGUUGCUUAAUGUUCGUUAUUUGUCUUUAAUUGAGGUUCCGUUUUCCUUUUUCUAUGCACCAUGUGCUUUGUUUUUCUUUUUUUCUUUUCUAAAAAUCAUCAUGUCUUAAUGUUGUAUUUGUUGUAUUUUUUAUUACAAUUUUAGCAUUGCUGUAUGCCCUGUACCACCCGUCAGCAAGUGUAGACUCUAGGAGAGAAGAGUUCAGAGCAAUUUUGUAUUGUAUAUAAAUGCGAGUUUGAUUUGGAGGUAUUAUAUGUACAGUAACAUUUUGUAAAAGUGACGUUUGGUUAUGUUUCGGUUUUUUUGUUUUGUCUCCAGAAACCAGAUCCAUGCAUGAUGUUGUUAAAGAUGAGGCAUGUGUGUCUGAUCUGGUACCUGAAAUGAAAGUGUAUAGAUAACUAAUACCUCUGGAGACAUGUCAGUUUAGUAUUAUUGCGUUCAUUCAUUGUGGAGUUUUGGAUUGGUUUCUAUAUGCUGAUAUUGGUUGAAUUUGUUUUUUCUUUUUAUCCCCUACCUUUUCCCUUCUUAGAUUUAUGCUAUUAUUUAUAUAAUCCCCUGAGAUUAUGUUGCAUCCUUCAUAAAAAUUUAAAAAAAAAUCCUCUGAAAAGGUCACACUCGAUAGAAAAAAAACUGAUCACCAUCAAUAGUAUCAAUAGACAAUCACAUAAAUGAUUUAUGACUCAAUUCCUUCAUUUAUAAUGUUCCAUAAAAAUCUGUCCAGUUUACAGCUGAAUCUGGCUUUAAUAAGGCGGAGAUCAGUUAAGACACAUCAUUUCUACUGUAUAUGACAUUUUGGAUCCCGUCACUGGAUGGACAAAAAAGAUAUGAUGUGAAAUGAACGUCCAACCUCUUCACUACCUUUCUCAUAUGUUAGUUUUAGUCAAGCCCAUUCUUUUAUAUCUCUGUUUUAAAAAUUGGCUGCUGGACUAAUUAAAACUGAAGGUGACUCGUC